AUGUUGCAUACGUGGAGUUUGGUUCCGAGAACGGAAGACAUGAAUGUCUUAAGCAGUAAGUGGGUCUUCACUCCAAAGAUGAAACCCAACGGUGAACUCAACAAGCUGAAAGCUAGACUUGUGGCCAAAGGAUUUGAACAAGAAGAGGGGUUAGACUACUUAGAGACAUACAGUCAUGUUAUCCGCACUGCCACUAUAAGGAUGAUUCUAGAUGUCGCCACAGCCAAAGACUGGCCCAUCAAACAGCUAGAUGUCUCAAGUGCUUUCCUACAUGGCGAGUUGAAAGAACCUGUUUUCAUGUUUCAACCUGCUGGUUUUGAGGAUCCAAAAAACCAGAUCACCAAGGCUGAUCCAUCUCUGUUCACGUACUACAAAGAUGGUAGAUCAAUGGCUCUUCUACUGUAUGUGGAUGAUAUGCUCCUGACGGGAAGUGACUCAGCACUGCUCCAAGAUCUUCUUGACUGUCUCAACAAACGAUUCUCAAUGAAGGAUCUUGGUAAGCCACAUUACUUUCUUGGUGUAGAGAUUGAGUCGUAUGAUGGAGGCAUGUUUCUUCAUCAGACCGCGUAUGCAAAAGAUAUACUACACCACGCUGCUAUGUCUGAUUGCAAACUAAUGCCCACACCUCUCCCUCUGGAGCUGGACACUCUCAGUCAAGAGCCGUUUCCGGAACCAACAUACUUCAGAAGUCUCGCGGGCAAACUACAAUACCUCACCAUUACAAGACCUGACAUUCAAUAUGCAGUCAACUUUGUGUGUCAACGGAUGCAUUUGCCUACUGUCUCUGACUUUCUUCUAGUGAAACGCAUUCUGAGAUACGUCAAAGGCACAUUACACAUGGGUUUGCACAUCAAGAAAGAUAGAGAGAUGCGUCUCCAUGCCUUCUGUGAUAGUGACUAUGCAGGUUGCAAAGACACAAGACGCUCAACGACAGGGUUCUGUACAAUGUUGGGGUCUAAUCUCAUCUCUUGGUCUGCCAAAAGACAACAAACUGUCUCCAAGUCAUCAACGGAGGCAGAGUACAGAGCUUUGACGGCAACAGCUCAAGAAAUAAUGUGGCUCUCGUAUCUAUUGAGGGAUCUUCGAGUGGAACAACCGGAGGCUACAAUUUUGAAGUGUGAUAACCUCUCAGCUGUCUACUUGAGCACAAAUCCUGCUCUGCAUAGUCGCUCAAAGCACUUCGAUACAGAUUUUCACUACAUCAGAGAGCAGGUGGCUUUGGGGAUGAUUGAGACUCAACAUGUUCCUGCGGUACAACAACUUGCAGACAUCUUCACAAAGUCGCUGCCACGAAAAGCCUUCUUGGAGUUGAGAGACAAACUCGGUGUAGCUGGUCCACCUACGCAGAGUUUGAGGGGGAAUGUUGGUGAGUGUGUAAGCUUGGGUCAUGAUGUUGGUAAAGCCCAAGAUGGAGAAAAUCCCAAGCUCAGUUUGAAACCUCAAGUGACGACAAACUCUGCAACGGAUACUUUGAAUGAGAGAAAGAAGGAAGAAAAGAUGCUCAAAGAUAAUCGCUUUGAAGCUCUGCUGUCGUUACCUAAUGACAGCUAA